AACAACUGAGAGCCCUAUCCCGGGGCUCCACAACCCUGGGAUGAGCCGCAGCAGCUGUGCUGCUCCCGAGGAUGCAAUAAGCACUCAGGAGUGGGAUUUGCUGCCCGUAAUCCUUCCCUGCCUGCCCUUCCUGCUGCCACCGACCAACGGGAACAUGAAGGCUCUUUCUUUCCAGGUCCUGUUUGUGCUGAGGGUCUUGUGCCUGGUGACUCUGGCAGGAGGGCAACCCAAAGCACCUGUGAAGUGUUCAAGGGAUUGUGGCCGCUUUACCUCUCCGAUAGCUGAGAAGCGGAUCAGGAGCUACCGCAGGACAGAGCCCCUCUGCUCCAGACAAGCCAUCAUAUUUAUUACUCUGAAGUCCCUUGAGAUUUGUGCAGAUCCAGAAGCACCAUGGGUGAAGAAGAUUUUAAAGAAACUGAACCAGAAAAAGGCUGCAACCUCCCCACUUCCACGUGAUGCCACCUCAGCAGUGGCACCAGAAGAGCCUGGUGGUUUUCAGAAACAAGUUGGUCUUACAGUAACAGCUCCAUCUCAAAACACUGCUCCAUCUAGUUUCUUCCAAGGGACCGGCACAAGUAUUUUGGAGCGAAUACAUGUCCCUGCUGCCAGGAUGGAGGUGUCCAGCAAAUCCACACCAGCCAUGCAGGACACCACCCAGCUCCCUGGAGGAUCAUUCCCUGUGACAGGGGAAGUUGUUGCCCACUCUGAAGUCACUCCAGCAGCAAACAGAGAUUCCUUAAAAUCUCCUGCACCUCCAACAGUUUUUGCAGCAGGCACGGUCUCCAGCCAGUUCACCCCAUAUCUCAAGGCUCUUGUGCAUGGCUUUGACAAUGCUGUAGGAUCCACAGCAGAACCUGCAGGACAUAGUGCAAAUGCUAUGGCUGAUGUUCAAGACACAACUUCUCCUGCCUCAAAUUCGGACCACGUGGCCAUUACUAAAGAGAUCGCCACAGUCCCAGCCACACCAGUUCCACCAGAGACUACUUCAGUUUCUACUCUAAACUCCACAACUGCCAUAGACAAAGGUCCUUCUAUCCUUACCAACAAGGUUGUCAGUUCCUUUAUAGAUGCUUUUGGUACUAGACCAUGUGAUCAUUCAUCACCUGUAGGAAAGGAAGAGCCUUCAGAUACAUUAGUUUUUACUAAUCAAGAACUCUCAGGCCAAGCCAAAGCUCGGAUGACCACGGAAAGACCAAACGAUCUGCCCCUUCCCAGCUUCUUGUCAAGAUCUCAAAUGCACUUUGUCAUCCCAGUCGCUGUGGCAGGUGGUCUGGUGGUCUGCAGUGUUGCUUUUGUAUGGCUAUAUCUGAAAUUUGGAGUCAAACCAGAAGAAAAGUCAAGAGAAAUGGUACAGGGCUUGCUCUACCAGCAGAGCUGUCAAAAGAAUGUCUAUCCAAUGGAAAUAAUCUGAAUGCUUUAUGGCAUGGAUGAUUUUGGCCUAAACUAUAUGUGUGUUGCUGCAGGAAAGCUAAGUUUGUGCUGAACUGGUGACCGUAGGAAGCAAGGCAGGGAAUAAAGAUACCAGAGAAAACUGAUCUUUCUUUGCAGAGUAGACUGUCCAAGAUUAUAUAUAAUUCGUCAUUGACUGAUGAAGGUAUUUUGGAAAUAAAUGAGAUUUUUUUUUUUUUUUU